CAAGCGAGCGUAACGAUCGCGCCAAGCGUUUUUUUUAUUUUGUUAAUUUCGGUGUGUGUUUUAUUUCGUUGCCGCUGAACAUUUUCGUCUUUUUUGUGUAUUAAAAUUUUUGCGCGCGCAGCGGUUUUGCUCCCAAACCCCCAACACACUCCCGACUACUCCUCCUGCUCCUCCUCCUCACGUUCGCGUUAACGCGUGUGUUUUUAAGUUAAGAAGUUUUGGCCAUGUUCCUUAGGCUUAGCAAAAAAAUGACUGCGUUACAAGCAUCGAGCGACAGCAGCUUACGAGCCUAACGAGCUCUCGCAGCAAAGUUAUCUUCAAGAUACACCAUACAUUGUAUCUCAAUGUUGAUUUUGAGUGCGUGAGGGCGUACGCAGAGGCAGAGCCAGAGGCAGCCACAGUGCCACACAGUGGGGGCCACUGCCGAAUUUCAAUUAACAAAAUAAGCAAAGCGCGCAAAAAUCAACAUAAUAGAUAUAUAAUAGCCAAAGCGAUAUACUACCAAACCCGCUACGAUAAAGCUCGAGAAAAGCAACAAACACACACACAAAAAUUUUGAUCAGUUUUUUCGCGUGAGACAUUUUUGCACGUUCCGGGCGGAUUGAUUGACUGACUGUCAACUGUUGCGGCUUGUGUUGGUUUGGGUUGUGGUGCGCCAUGUUAGAUGCGGCACCGUUGCCGUUGCCAUCAGCGCCACCCGCCGAGGAGGUGUAUCGACUGCUUGCACUGGCAGCUGAUGCGGAUGCGGAUGCGGAGGAGACAGACUACAAGCACAUCUUGCGCCAGAAGUCCGCACAGCUCUAUGAAGAGCGCAGCCACAGGCAGCAGCAACUGUCGCAACAGUUGAUGCCACAACAUGGGGCAGAGCCAGAGGCAGACGAUGUUGCGUUGCGUUAUUCGUACAAAGGCACACCGCCGGAUCUUCAUGCAGCCAGACAGGAAUUUAAUUUGAAAACGUCGUUCAACAAAAUGCUCAUGCAAGGACAAAAACACGAAUGCAAUCCUAUAGAUAAGCACAAACGCAACAUGUCGUCACGCUACUGUUUUCUUGGCCUAGUAGCGCUGUUACUCAUCUGCAUCUUGUGCUCUGCAUUUGGAGUUUGGCCAAGUCUUAGAUUUAGUGGCAGCAAAAGUGGCACAAGCGCCACAACGCCGCGCAGAACCGUUGACAUUGUUUUGGACGACCAGAACGACAUUAGUAGCGAUGUUAAUGCUGAUAUACUCAAUGAGUAUAUAACGCCCAUAAAAGUGCUGAAUGCAAGUCUAAAUACAGGCGACUUGCUAUACGAAUCAAUGAAGCCAAUAGAUAGCGAUAGCGCUAACAGCACAAAAGAUGCAACCUCAGCGUUUAGCAUGACGGGCACUUUUCGCAACAAGUCGAGCCUCAUUUGGGAUCCACAUCCCGAGUACACGUUUACAGUAUUUGGGCAUUUAUUGCAUUUGAGAUUACAUCAGGACACAUCGUUUAUACCUCACAAUACAUUUCGAGUUAUACGCAUAUUGAACAAUCAUACCGAGGAGUCGGCCAGCGACGAGCCGGAGCAUUAUCUGGGCUGCUACUACAAAGGCCACAUCGAAGGCGAUCCCGACUCCAUGGUGGCGGUUUCGCUUUGCGAGGGCAUGACGGGUUUUAUCAAAACUAGUUUCGGCAGUUUGCUUAUAAUGCCUGUUAACCAAACCAACAGCGAUGAGAUUUUGCAUCGCGUCUGGCGUCACUCGCAGCGCAAUCCCAGACAAGCUGUCUCCGACUCAGACAUGGAGCUGGAGGCGUUGAAGCUUGCCGAGAGUUUGCUGGCGCCGUUGACGCGUCGCAAGCGACACUUUGAAAAUCUUACUAAUCAGGAGUACACGCUGGAGGUGCUCAUAGCUGUGGAUCAUACAAUGACGCAGUUUCAUGGCAGCGAUCUUAGAUCCUACAUACUUAUUUUAUUCUCCAUUGUGUCGAAUAUAUUUGCCGAUGCCAGCAUUGGCAAUGUCAUACACAUAUCGCUGGUCAAUAUGCUGGAGCUGCGCGAUAUGAACGGACAUCAGGGCAGCGGCACUGCGGCGGAUCGCCUGAAAACGUUUUGCAAGUUCUUGGGCAGCAGAGGCUAUCACUAUGACACGGCCAUGUUGAUCACACGCGAUCAAAUCUGUGGCAAUGAACGCGAGGAGCGUUGCAGCACUUUGGGUUUGGCUGAGCUGGGCACAGUCUGCAAGCCGCGUUCCUGUUCCAUAGUGCAGGACAAUGGACUGCCUGCUGCCUUUACCAUUGCACAUGAGCUGGGACACACUCUAAACAUGCCACACGACGACGACGAUCGUUGCAACAAGUACAAUGCCCGAGAGGGCAACAAUCGCACGCUGCAUAUUAUGGCGAGUGUCAUGGGUGAUCAUAUGCAUCCAUGGUCCUGGUCCAAGUGCUCGCAGCAUUACAUUUCCGAAUUUCUAGAAAAAAGCGACAAAUCCUGCUUGGAGAACAGACCCUCAAGCUCUUUGCUGAAUGAUAAUGACAUUGAGAAGCUGCCAGGCGAGAUUUACUCGCUGGACCAGCAGUGUCAGCUCAUACAUGGAAAUGAUACAAUACACUGUGAUUCUAAUCCCGAGUGCCAGUAUUUGUUUUGCAAUGUCAGCUCGGUGUGCGGCUCCAGCAGUAUGCCCUGGGCGGAUGGCACGCCCUGCCGCAACCAUCACAACUGGUGCAAGAAGGGCAAGUGCGUGCCACGCGUGGGCGGCUCACUGCAGCUGGUGCAUGGCGGCUGGGGCGUCUGGACUGCGUUUACGCCUUGCAGCUUGACCUGCGGUGGCGGCGUGCAGGAGUCGCGUCGCGAGUGCGACAAUCCGCAGCCCAGAAACGGUGGCAAGUACUGCGUGGGCAGUCGCAAGAAGUAUCGCUCCUGCAACACACACUCCUGCCCAGCGGGCACCAUUGAGCCACGUGAGCAAUAUUGCUACGAUAUGAACGGCAGAAACUUCAACAUACGCGGCAUUAGCUCCUCCUCCAAGUGGAUACCCAAAUAUGGCUUGGACACCAGCGACAAGUGCAAACUGUUUUGCCGUCUGCAGGAUGACAGCGCCUACUUCAAGCUCUCGGAGGCUGUGCGAGAUGGCACCACCUGCGCUGUGGAUAGCUUUGACAAAUGUGUCAAUGGCAUUUGCCGUCCCGCUGGCUGUGACAAUGAACUCAACUCCAUUGCCAAGCUGGACAAAUGCGGCGUAUGCGAAGGUCGCAACGACACGUGCGAGGAGCUCACCGGAAAUGUGCGCGUCGCCGAUCUGCUAAAGGAGAAACGCGCACCGCAAAGUCUCUACCAUGUUACUACAAUACCAAAAGGUGCCUCCAACAUUGUUAUAACCCAGCCUGGCUAUCCCACCCAGAACUAUAUUGUGCUCGCCGAUGACAGACAUGUACCACUGGUCAACAGCGUCAAAGUAGUUACUCCAUUUGCAAAGCAAUACAUCUAUGCGGGCAUUACGAUCGACUAUAACGGCUCCAAUAGCACCAUGGAACGCAUAAAUACCACCUACGCCUGGAAGCUGACGCGUGAUCUUGUCGUUAUGAUCAUUUCCAUAGACCUGAGUGCAGCCAAGAAUCAAAACACUGUUUUGAUAUCGUAUACGUAUACGGUGGAUAAAGCAAUAAUUGCAGAGCCUGAGGUGGAGAUCUAUCGCUGGCAAAUGCAAGACUGGAGCAGCUGUGAUUCGCUUUGCCAGGGCACCAUGUACAGACAGGCGGCCUGCGUAAGCACAACUCAAGGAUUGAAAGUCGCCCCACAGUUCUGUGAUCAAUCAGCGAUGCCCAAGCCGGAAUACAAUGCUUGCAAUACAAAUUGUCAACUAACUUUGAAUGUGACAAGUAUUUCGGAAUGCUCCGCUGCUUGUGGAGCGUUGGGCACUCGCGAGAAGGCUCUCAGCUGUGUGCAGACAUUCCCAGAUAUGCAACGUUUGAAUAUCGUGGAUAUGUCUUAUUGCAAACUCAAAUUUGAAAUAGUUACGCAUGAGCAAUGCCGUGAGGGUUGCUGGAAUUAUUCAGAGUGGUCAACGUGCACCAAGACCUGUGGCACGGGCACUCAAAUGCGUGAGCUGCGCUGCAUCUUGAACAACACAGUGGUGAGCGAUGAACUGUGCAAUCCGCGCACAAAACUCGAGACACGCGAUAUGCUACGUGCCUGCAACAUGGAGCCCUGUUUGUAUCCUAUUGCGCCGAUAAGCACUCGCUCAGUUAACCACUGGGUGGCAGGAGAUUGGGGUGAAUGCAGUGACUGGUGCAAAAUGACGCGCACUGUGAGCUGCGCCUAUCCAUACGGCAAUCACUGUCCGCCGGAUAAACAGCCCAAGGAGGUGCGCAAUUGCUGUCACAUCAAGUACAUCAACGAAUGGGGCAAAUGCUCCGUUGACUGUGGCUCCGGCAUCAAGCGCAAGGUGCAGCGCUGUGCGCGCGUCUUCAAGCCAGAGGUGCCUGGCGCUCAAAAGCGCAAGGAGUACAUAAGCGACAGCUAUUGCGAGACCUUAAAGGUGCGCAAGCCAGCGCUGCGCAAGUCCAUCAAGCACUGCAAGAUCAACUGCCAUUGGAGCAGCUCAGAGUGGAGUCCGUGCUCCAGCACUUGCGAUGACGAUUAUCAGUCGCGCCUUGUGCGCUGCGAGUCCUGGCAAGGCAACAGCGUCAAUGAACGCUACUGUGAUGCCACAAAGCGACCAAGCAGAAGUCGAAUCUGCAACAAUUGCAUGCAGCGUCAGUACAAAAUAUUGACACCAUGUGACUGCACGGGCAUUGAAAGGCGACGCAUUCUGUACUAUGAUACGCAUAGGCGACGCGUCGCUGGACGGCCGCGAGUGCAGAAGCAAAAGUGCACGCCGCCUCCGAGCUGCCAUAGAAGAUCCUUCAGCAACAAUCAUGUGAGCAGUCGGCGCGCGCAGAGCUGCGAGGACUAUCAGCAGAUGUAUCGCGCCUACAAGGAUGGCGAGUAUACGUUGCAAGUGCGAUCGCGACCAGUGCGCGUUUAUUGCCACAAAAUGAAUAGUCUGACGCCACGCGAAUACAUAACCGUGGAGCCGCAGGAGAACUACUCCAUUUACUACGAGUACAAGACAAGAUUAAUCAACAGCUGUCCGCCCGUGUCGCGUGAUCAUGAAUAUACCAAUGAUCAGUAUUCGGGACGCUCGUAUUUCAGCAAGCUGCGCUUAAACAUCACCGAUUUGCGCAUUAUUGAGAACGAUUACGAGUUCGCCGAGUCUCGAGGACAGCGACAGCCACUGGGCUCAGCCGGUGACUGCUACAAUCGCAACCAGCAAUGUCCGCAGGGCGACUUCUCCAUCAAUCUGGAGCGUACUGGCUUCACACUGCGCCCAGGCACGCGCUGGAAUACCGUUGGCAGCUCAGCGGUCAUGAAGCAAGAGACUGGGUUUGAAACUUCGCGGCAGUCAAGGCGCGCCUACUGCGGCGGCUUCUGCGGACGCUGCUACAUUGCGCCCGGAUCGGGACUUUAUGUGGACGUUGUAUGAUCACACUCUUCGCUUAGCAAUGCACAGAAGCCGAGCGACCGCCAAAUCGCUUGAAGUACUUUGAGCGUAUCGCUCGCUCGGUUUCUGUGCAUUUCUAUUUGAAAACAUCCCCAAGGGAUGGCUAAACAAAACCAACUUAAUAGUAUUAAAGCACACACACACACACACACAGACCCAUGGUCAUAAACAUGAAUAGUUUGGUAGAUACAUAUGUAUAUACAAUUCAGCACAAUUUGCCGAAAGGCUAAAAUUAUUCAUAUAGAGUAACUAGACUUGCUCGAUUGCAUUGCAUUAUUCUUGUAAAUAAUCAAAUCCAAGUACAAUUUAAAUGUUUAACGAAGAAACUUACGAAUUUUACGAACUUGUUUUCAAUUUCAAAUUAUGUGUUCACAAAAAACUUGUAAUCUUUUAAAGCUCUUACUUACGCUUAUUUUUGUUGCAAUGCAACAAACUAAAACAAAACCUAAAAUGCUUAAGAAUAGUUUUACCUUGAGGCACAAUUUGCUAAUUGUCAUUAUAUCUAUAUGGAGCUGUAUAAGUAGUUAGAUAGUUAAAUAUCUUCCAACAUUUCGGUUGUUAAGAGCAAAGUAUUUUCGAAAUGAGAAAUUUUAAGCACAAGUGAAGCUUAAAAUGUCGAACAAAAACUGAUCGCCAAAUAUUUAUUUAUCCAACGAAAGGAUGAAGCUGCCAAGAAAAAUUUAAAUUACAAAACAACGACCAUUGCAUGUAUAGUUCAUCGCCAUUCAUAGUUAACUAAGUGAUGUACAUAAAUAUGUUAACAAAUUAUUAUGUUUAGGAAGCUUAUGUAUAUGUAAAGUAUGUAAAUGGUAGCUAACCUCAAAAUAAGUAUAUGUAUGUGUGUAUCUAUGUAUGGAUGUAUUGAAGCUUCAGAACGUGUCAUUCUCACUCUUGACCAUCCUUGAGAAUGAGGGAGAGCAUUCGUUGUACGGUUGAGGUUUCAAUAGCAAGCUUAAGGAAACGAAACACAAAGUGCAAUGCCGUUUUUUAUACAAUAUUUGUAUACUUAUUUCUAAUUAAUUAAGUCUAUUUUUAAAUAAAUU